GUUAUUUACUCUAUGCUAUGAAUAUGACUACCGGUAGUAGUGCGGGUAAAAUUCGAAUCGUCAGUGUGCUUUGAUCGUCUAAAAUGCAUUCUAAUCAAGAUAAAUUCAAAAUAUUUAAUUCGCUAACUGGAAUAGUAGUGGGUCUAGAAGGCGAAUACACCACCAUCGAUCUGAGAAAUGAAGCAAUAGUUACAGGAAAAAUUGAAAGUGUGGACGGGAUGAUGAAUAUAAAUAUGGAGGAUGUAACUUUUUAUGAUGCAAGAGGUGUGAAGCAAUCAUUUGAAACCUUUUUCGUAAAUGCAAGAACAAUUCGUCAUGUCCAUAUACCGAAUAAUUUAACUCCAGAGGAAUUAUUUUCCAGACAACAAAUGAAGAUGUCUAGGGUGAUUACCAAAGAAAAACCUACAUUCAAAAAAGUGAGAGCCCAAAGGAAAAAUGCAGAGACUGUUAGAGAAGCCUUCAAAUAGCUUACUCAUAUUUUAAUUCUUUAAAUUCAUUUUGUCGGAAUUACUGUAAUUACACAUAUCUCCAGUUUUAGUGCUUUUUAUUAUCAGAAAAAUAUAUUAUUAUCAGAGGGAUGUCUUAUAAAUAAUAAAAGUGUGUUGAAAUUC